UUUUAUUCAUUGUUUCGUCACCAUACGAUUAUCAUCGGCAGUACAGGUCGCGGAUGAGUACAUCAUGUCGGGAAACAAAAUUUCAUUGGGAGUUGUGCUGUUCAGUGUAUUAAACUUUGUUGGCUGUGAAAAUGAUGUGCUUCAAAUGUCACUUUUUCCAUCUCUGCCCAUCGCCGUCCUCAAAAGUGAUAAUACAGUGUGCAGGGAACACAGUGAUCAGUAUUUGGAUAAUCUGAAGAACUUCACGCUAUGGGCUCAUGAAAUGUGGGAUGCCACCGCAAAAUCAUCAACAGGAGUUCUUCGCGGUAGCAGAUUUCAGAUGGGUGAUUUUGAACAAUGCAUAACCGCCAAAGCUCCGUUCCAAACACAGUAUUGCCUGGCCUCGGUGACGGCCCAUGUACCAAAACCCACAGUGUGGGAUGCCACAGCAAAAUCAUCAACAGGAGUUCUUCGCGGUAGCAGAUUUCAGAUGGGCGAUUUUGAACAAUGCAUAACCGCCAAAGCUCCGUUCCAAACACAGUACUGUCUGGCCUCGGUGACGGCCCAUGUACCAAAACCCACAGGAAUCAAAGAUCAUCUUUCGUUGAAUUACCAACCGUAUCUGUCUGCGGUAGAAAGGUUAUACAAAUUCAACGACGUUUCCCAACAAACCAGAAACGUAAUAGACAUGGGCUGGUGUGUACCCGCAUCUUGUUCGAUAUUAGACUUAGAGGAAUACUUAAACGGCUAUUUGAAUAAAGUCGACAACAACGCUGUGCAUCAAAACGUCACGUAUACUGCAAGAUUUUCUGAUCUAACUUGUCGCACAGCAAUCGAGAGUAAAUAUUUUGACAAUGCCGAUAUAUCUUUUUGUUUUGUAGCUGUGAUAUUAAUAGUGAUGGUGAUAAUAGGCACUGCGUACGAUUACAAUGUGAAUUCAAAGGAACUCAAAGAAAAACCGUCAAAAAGGUCACUUGCUUCAAAACUUAUAAUGGCGUUUUCGUCUCGCAAGAAUUUCCUCGAAUUGACUAAAGCAGAUGAAUCAAAUCCAGCAUUGAGUGUGUUAUACGGAGUGAGGACCGUCGCAAUAUUUGCCAUAAUAAUGUCCCAUAGAUUUGCAACGUUUACAUCAUCAGCGAUAUUGAAUUUCGAUUUCGUAGAAUCGGUAUGUAUAUUUCAAUACUUUUAUCCAAAUGAUUUUUUGUGUUAUUAUGUUUGA